AUGGAGAAACCCGCGCCCCGACCGUCCCGGAAGGACACUCUGUUGAGUCGCCGGUACAUUGAGGGAUUGAUAGCAGAAGGAAACCAUGUUAUAGUCUACGAGGACCGUGUUCUGAAGGUAGAUGCCUUCAUUAAAUUUCACCCUGGAGGUGAAAAGCCAAUAAAACACAUGGUGGGCAGAGAUGCGACGGAUGAGAUCAACGCUUUGCACUCAAGAGAGGCGCGCGACCGCAUGCCUGCCUAUCAGAUCGGUCGAGUCGAAGGGGUCUGGAUCAACUUCCUUCCCCCAAUCCAAGGCGGCAAAUUCCGUCUCUACGCUGAAGAAACAUGCUCAAGCGAGGAGGACAUGACAAGUCAGGACAACUCAAGCCAAGAGGGUUCCAUUCCGCCUUCUCCUAUCUUCGAUGCAGUCGACUCCAAAUCAGUAACCCGUCGAAAGAAGUCUUCACAAGGAACAGACACCGACGCUUCUACACCCGUGGAGUCGGAGACAUAUUCUCAUCCCAAGCCAGCUUUCCUUGAUGCACGAACAAGGGAAGAAAUUGUUUUCGACACCGCAAAAUACCCCUCGUUGGACCAGGCGAACCAAGAAAGCAUCAAACACAAAUACCGGGAGCUGAAUGUCCGUAUGCAGGCCGAAGGACUUUUCAACUGCAAUUACUUCUCCUACUUCAUUGAGUGUUGUCGGUAUACUCUCUUUGCAGGGCUUGCAUACAUAUUUCUUCGUCUUGAGUGGUGGGCACCUUCCGCGUUCUUCCUUGGAUGCUUCUGGCACCAACUUGUCUUCACUGCCCAUGAUGCUGGUCAUAUGGGUAUCACCCAUAAUUUCCACGUGGACACGGUGAUUGGAAUCAUUAUUGCCGAUUUUAUGGGUGGAUUGAGUCUGGGUUGGUGGAAGCGGAGUCAUAAUGUCCACCAUAUCGUCACCAAUGAGCCGGAGCACGACCCAGAUAUCGAGCAUAUUCCCUUUUUUGCCAUCUCACAUCGCUUCCUCAACAGUCUUAACAGUACCUACUAUGACCGCAACAUGACCUUCGAUGCCUUUUCUAAGAUCAUGGUCAAAGUCCAGAACUAUAGCUACUAUCCUAUUAUGGCGCUGGCCCGUUUUAACCUCUACCGGUUAAGUUGGGAGUACUUGCUGAAGAUGCAAGCUCCACGAAAGGGACCCGCCUGGUGGCAUAUCUGGCUGGAGUUUGCUGGUCAAGCUUUCUUCUGGUAUUGGUUUGUUUAUGGUGUGAUGUAUAAGACCAUUCCCGAUUGGAAUAGCCGACUCAUCUACUUGAUGAUCUCUCAUAUUGUGCCCUCGCCUCUGCACGUCCAAAUCACACUCUCACAUUUCGCCAUGUCUACCGCUGAUAUGGGUGUCCAUGAAUCAUUCCCCCAGAAGAUGCUGAGAACUACCAUGGAUGUCGACUGCCCUACCUGGCUAGACUUCUUCCACGGUGGCCUGCAGUUUCAGGCUAUCCACCAUCUUUACCCUCGCAUGCCCCGCCACAACUUACGCCGAGCGCAGAAGUAUGUUUUGGAGUUUUGCAAGGAGACUGGAAUUCCUUACGCUAUUUUCACUUUCUAUGACGGGAACAAAGAGGUCAUCAGCCGGCUCGGCGACGUGGCGAAGCAGGUCCGCCUUAUGGAGGAGUGUCGCAAGUCGAUUGCUUCAGAGGGCGUUUUUUCGCAUCACCACUAA